GCUGAUGCUGCUCCACUGCCUCCAGACAGGACAAAGAAAGGAUGUCCACAACUCUGGAGCAGCUGAUUCCCAGGGCACCAAAGACACGUUAAUCAAAUCUGCUACAGAAAGCUACCUAGCGCAGAACAGACAGACAUUCAUAGAGAACUGUGUUACACAGAUUCAAGUCAACUCAGUUGAAGGGGGGCUAGGCAGAGCAGACUGAGGUCUGUAACUACUGAGGUUUCCAGUAGCAUACUGGAAGAGUGUUGUGGACCCCAGCUGCACCUCCCCCCUGGUAUGGAGCGUGGGGAGGGUUCACGACGAUCAGGAGAUGUCACUCCCAGAGAGAGCAGCCCUUUCAUCAACAACACUGACCAAGACCAAGAAAACUACUACGAUGGCAAAAACAUGGCUCUCUUUGAGGAAGAGAUUGAGAGCAACCCCAUGGUGUCCUCCCUCCUCAACAAGCUGGCUAACUACACCAACCUCACCCAGGGGGUCACUGAGCAUGAGGAGUAUGAAAAUGAGGAGGGGGUUACAAAGAUUAGAGUCAAGAGUCCUCAGAUGGGCACAUUCAUCGGCGUGUACCUGCCCUGCAUGCAGAACAUCCUGGGAGUCAUCCUCUUCCUGCGUCUCACCUGGAUCGUUGGCACCGCCGGCAUUUUGGAGUCUUUCGCCAUCGUCGUCAUGUGUUGCACCUGUACCAUGCUGACAGCGAUAUCCAUGAGUGCUAUUGCAACAAAUGGGGUAGUGCCAGCCGGAGGCUCCUACUACAUGAUCUCCAGGUCUUUGGGACCAGAGUUUGGUGGGGCUGUGGGCUUGUGUUUUUACCUGGGAACCACAUUCGCUGGCUCCAUGUACAUCCUGGGUACCAUUGAGAUCCUUCUGACGUACAUCGUGCCGAACGCUGCAGUGUUUGUGGCGGAGAAGAAGGAGGGCGAGGCGGAGGCCAUGCUGAAUAACAUGCGUGUGUACGGGACUUGCUGCCUGGCUCUCAUGGCUCUGGUGGUGUUUGUGGGAGUCAAAUAUGUCAACAAGCUGGCCCUGGUCUUCCUGGCCUGUGUGGUGCUCUCCAUCAUGGCCAUCUACGCCGGAGUCAUCAAGACCGUCAUAGAACCACCAGACUUCCCAAUCUGUCUCCUGGGGAACCGUUCCUUACAGAACCACAACUUUGAGAAGUGUGUGAAGACAGAGGUGAUCAAGAACGUGACGUACACCACUAAGCUGUGGGAGCUGUUCUGUGACAGCCGCCACCUCAACGCCACCUGUGAUGAGUACUUCACCCUGAACAACGUCACUGAGAUCCAGGGCAUCCCAGGCCUGCUCAGUGGGGUCAUCAAAGACAACAUGUGGGGGGACUACGGGCCCAGUGGGAUGCUGGUAGAGAAGAAGAGGCAGUCAUCUGUUCCAGCCCAGGAUAACUCCAGAGAUAUCUACAUGCCUUACGUCUUCAACGACAUCUCCACCUUCUUCACUCUGCUGGUGGGAAUCUACUUCCCCUCCGUCACAGGAAUCAUGGCGGGCUCCAACAGAUCUGGAGACCUCCGAGAUGCCCAGAGGUCUAUUCCUUUCGGCACCAUCCUGGCCAUAGCAACCACUUCUUUCAUUUACAUGACCUGUGUUGUGCUAUUUGGGGCCUGUAUCGAGGGUGUUGUUUUGAGAGACAAAUUUGGGGACUCUGUCAAGAAGAACUUGGUGAUUGGAACUCUGGCAUGGCCUUCUCCAUGGGUGAUCGUGAUUGGCUCCUUCUUCUCCUGCUGUGGGGCAGGGCUGCAGAGUCUUACUGGUGCCCCUCGUCUGCUGCAGGCCAUAGCACGUGACGGGAUUGUCCCCUUUCUGCAGGUGUUUGGUCAUGGUAAAGCCAAUGGGGAACCUACCUGGGCCCUCUUGAUGACCGCUGGGAUCUGUGAGAUUGGAAUCCUUAUUGCAUCACUGGAUGCUGUUGCCCCCAUUCUCUCAAUGUUUUUCCUGAUGUGCUACCUGUUUGUCAACCUGGCCUGUGCCGUCCAGACACUGCUCCGCACUCCCAACUGGAGGCCCAGGUUUAAGUUCUACCAUUGGACGCUGUCAUUCCUGGGGAUGAGCCUGUGUGUCUCCCUCAUGUUCAUCUCCUCCUGGUACUACGCUCUGGUAGCCAUGUCCAUCGCUGGAUGCAUCUAUAAGUACAUUGAGUACAGAGGGGCAGAGAAGGAGUGGGGAGACGGGAUCAGAGGUCUCUCCCUGAACGCUGCCCGGUACGCUCUGAUCCGCCUGGAGGAAGUGCAGCCACACACUAAGAACUGGAGGCCUCAGUUACUGGUGUUACUGAAGCUGGAUUCAGACUUGGGGGUGAAACACCCUCGUCUGCUGUCCUUUACCACCCAGCUGAAGGCAGGGAAAGGUCUGACCAUCGUCAGCUCUGUGUUGGAGGGCACCUACAUGACCCUGGGGGCUGAGGCCAAGAGCGCAGAGCAGAAUGUCAAGUCGGCCAUGCACGCAGAACGUACCAAAGGUUUCUGCCACGUGGUGGUGUCCUCUAACCUGAGGGAUGGUUUCUCCCACCUGAUCCAGUCGGCAGGGCUGGGGGGCAUGAAACACAACGCCGUCCUCAUGGCCUGGCCAGGGGCCUGGAAACAGGCUGAGGACUCCUACCCCUGGAAGAACUUCAUUGAGACGGUGAGAGAGACAACGUCAGCCCAUCAGGCCCUGCUGGUUGCUAAGAACAUUGACAAGUUCCCCAGCUCUGAGGACCGUCUGGGGGAGGGCACCAUAGAUGUGUGGUGGAUCGUCCAUGAUGGAGGCCUUCUCAUGCUGCUGCCUUUCUUACUGCGCCAACACAAGGUGUGGAGGAAGUGUAAGAUGCGUAUCUUCACCGUGGCUCAGAUGGAUGACAACAGUAUUCAGAUGAAGAAGGACCUGCAGAUGUUCCUUUACCACCUCCGUCUCAAUGCUGUAGUGGAGGUGGUGGAGAUGCACGAUAGUGACAUUGCAGCCUUCACCUAUGAGAAGACCCUGGUGAUGGAGCAGCGCUCUCAGAUGCUGAAACAGAUGCAGCUGUCCAGGAACGAAAGGGAGAGAGAGAUUCAGAGCAUCACAGACGAGUCGCGUAUCUCCAUCAAGAGGAAGAAGUCAUCAGUGGUGGAGACACUAAAGGCCCCAAACACACUACAGGUCCCAAGCCUGUCCAUUUCCAGGGACAUGGAUGAGGAGGCUCAGCUGAUCACUAAACUGGGCACUAAGUCGCACGGCAACCUCAACGACAACGCUCCCGCCACGCCCGACCACCGCGUCCACAUGACCUGGACCAAAGACAAGCUGAUCACCGAGAGGAACCGUAACCGCAGCGAACCCAACGUGGGCGUGAAGGACCUGUUUAAUAUGAAACCCGAGUGGGAGAGUCUGAACCAGUCUAAUGUGCGGAGGAUGCACACCGCGGUCAAGUUGAAUGAGGUUGUGGUCAACAAGUCCCAAGGUGCUCAGCUGGUGCUGCUGAACAUGCCUGGGCCGCCCAAAACCAAGGGAGGAGAUGAGAAUUACAUGGAGUUCCUGGAGGUUCUUAUGGAUGGGCUGGACCGGGUGCUGCUGGUGCGUGGCGGAGGCAGGGAGGUGAUCACCAUCUAUUCUUAGCGCCAGCAGACACAAGGCGGGCAUGGUGCAGCCUCGGAGCCUCCGGUGUGGCCGGCCAGCCAAGUGGCUGGGCCUCAGCCUCUGCCACAGUGCCAGGAGAGGAGCUGGGCGCCCCCUACAGUAUGGGAGGACAGUAGGGGGCUACCUCCACUCUUAGAGCAGGCUGAGCACACACCGCUGCUGACUGGUGGAGGACAUCAGAGGGCACUCUGGAUCAUCCUCCCUUUUUAUUUCUUGUCAUAUUCCUUUCAGGUUUUCCAUGUCAGUCGUUAUGAAUAGGAGUUGUUUCAGUAGAACAAAGUGCAUGAGUAAUGAUAUUAGAUUAGAUAGAGACGUCCUCUGAUGACAUAGCUCAGGGCACUAAUGCAGUAUGGUCUAGUCCAGUGAUUCCCAAAUUGUAGUGCGAGCGAGGAGUCAGCGGGGGAGGGGGGCGCAGUAAACUAUACUGCAUUAGUGCCCUGAGCUAUGAGCAGAGGAUGUCUCUGUUGACAUAGCCCCCCACUCUGUCCGGCUUUCAACUUACUCUUGAAAGUUGUAAUAGUAGAAUGCCCAAAUUGCAAUUUCAUUGAGUAGUAAUGCAUUGGGUAUUUUUCCUCUUGUCAUUGCAUACCUUAGAGAGCUAUUUAUAACUUGUCAUAAAUGUCCAGAUCAACUAGCCCAUGGCAGCUAAUGGUUUUUAGCUUUUGCCCAUAGAAAUAGACUUGGCACGCGUGCAGGAUGUUUCCCAAUGCUGGAAUGAAAAGGUUUGGGAACCCCUGGUCUAGCCUUUAGCUGAUAUGGGAUGUAGCUUGUAAGUUCAGAUGGUAGACAGGUGUUUAAAUAGCAGGUUGGGCAGCCUACUGCAGUAGGCCACAAUACAAAUAUGUAGUUUUGUUACACUAAAUUAGAUAGGUUAUGUUUUAUUUUACAGUACUAUUUAAGGUAAUUAUUAAGUAACUGUUAUGUAACUACUUUUUUUCCCAUAGAAUGUCUGUGUAAAUACCUGAUCAAACAGCUUUAAAAUAAAGUCAUAGCCAGGAGAUAUGGAUAUGCUAUACACAAUAGUUUUGUAUUUGAAACAGUUCUCACCAAAGCAAAACUCUUGAGAUUUUUGUGGUCCAUUGUGGUGACCAAACUUAAUAUACUGUACAUUAAGAUAAUCACCAGGCUUCAUUUGAUCUAAUCAAAUGACGGGCCUUUAUGGUUUGGAUUCUGUGUCAGAGAUGAGGCAGAACAGAAGUCAAACUGUACAUUCUGAUCCUCGAAUGUCUAUGAGUGCGUCCCAAAUGGCACCCUAUUCCCUAUUUAGUGCACUACUUUUGACCAGAGCCUACAGUUGAGGGAUCUUAAUUUGAGCCAGUUUGCUACAACAGGAAAAUAGUCCUGCAGCAA